GGGCAUUCAACUAGAACGCUUAUAAACCCUAGCUUUCCCCCCAAAUUUCCAACUUUAUAUACCCCAGAAACAUCCCUGAGGAAAACGCAUUCCAUGGAUAAGAUCGAAAAGGCUCCGAAGGAGUCCUAACGCGCAGUUUAUUCACCUCUUAAUAUGAAAAUGGAGCGAGCAUGCUAUUCCUUUUCACAAUGUAAAUUCAAAUUCGUUCUACCAGAGAAAGUUAAAGUAAGAAUCGGAUGUUCAUCACGCUUCCUUAUAUCUAAACUGUUAGGUUCUGAUCGACCUUGUAAAGUUGGCACAAAAGCGUGGAAUGAAAGGCAGUAAUGGAGUCUGGAAGGACUUUUUGACUGUUUAUGCCAAGAAAGUUGGUGUCAGCUUGAGUGAUCCUGCAAGAAGGUCUCCUGAAGCAUUGAUUGCUUUCUUGUAUACAUUCAGCGAUGCUGAUGAUUUGAAGUUUUUUGAUAAAGUAGUGGAAAAGCAUGCCAGCAUUGAGCGUAUCCUGAAUAAAACAGAUAAAUUGUCCCUUGAACAGGAGCUUGUUUACAAGACUAUUGAUCAUCCACACUACGUGCAAAGUUAUUCAUUUCCAUCAUAUGAGGAGGGUUGGGUGGUUACAAAGGAGAGAAAAGAGGUGAAGGAAAGUGAAAAUAAUGCAACGGUUGCAAUUGAUUGUGAGAUGGUGUUAUGUGAAGAUGGAAGUGAUGCUUUGGUUAGGGUUUGUGUUGUGGAUCGUGAUUUAAAGGUCAAACUUGAUGAACUUGUUAAGCCUGAAAAAGAAGUUGCUGAUUAUAGAACUAAUAUAACUGGAGUUUCUGCCAAAGAUUUGGAACAAGUUACUUGUUCAUUACAAGAUGUACAGGAUUCCAUGGAGAAGUUGCUAUCAAGAGGAACAAUUUUGAUUGGGCAUAGUUUAAAUAUUGAUCUACAAGCAUUGAAGAUAGAUCACACAAGAGUAAUUGACACCUCUCUUGUAUUCAAAUAUGGUAGUGGCUCCAAUUUCAGGAGACCAUCUUUGAAUGAUUUGUGUAAGUCAGUUUUGGGAUAUGAAGUUAGAAAGGAAGGAGCAUUUCAUGAUUGUUUGGAGGAUGCACGUGCAGCAAUGAAACUUGUACUUGCCAAAAUAGAAGUGGGGUUGAUGAAAGUGGUUGAAACAGAUGCAAUGAAGUUACUUUGUCACUGCAUACCAAUCGCUAUACCUGAAGAAAAAUUACUUGAAAUUAUUCCUGGAGAUUUCACAAUUGAAGAAAAUAAGAAAGGUAAAGGAAAGAGAUAUUCGGUUUUUAUAGUUUUCAAGAAUAAAGAGGAGGCUGAUGAGGUGUACAAGGGUCUUAAGGGUGAUGAAAUUAAAUUAAGAUUCAUUGGGGCGUCCACAAAAGUUAAUUUUAUUUAACCUGGAUUCAGGUCUAGCUGGCAGUUUGUAUGUCUGAAACAUGGUCUAAGUUGGCAUUGAUGUCCAGGUGGCAUCGAAUAUGAGGUGCCAGCUCAGCAUAACAAACAGUUGUAUGUGAACAAUUAGGUAUUUGAUUCCCACAAAAGGUGAUUGUUGUUGAAUAUUGGAAUUUUGUUUAGAUUUUGAUUUUAUGGGUA